AUUCUUCUUUGGUUUGAGGAAGUCGUUGUGUGGCUGAACUAGAAAAUUAUAAAAUGAGAAAGUGUUCAAGUGCAGACGACACAACGCACCGUUAGGGUCGCAAGGCUUUCAUCAGUUUGAGUCUUAAUUUUCUUGUAUGGACCUCGUCCCAAGAAAAGAUGGGUGCGAUUAAUUAACGAUCGCAUGGACCUUGAUGGAUGAUCACAACGGCCAGCUGGAGAUCUUUCCGAAGUAGUGCAGAGCAAAAGUUUUUUUCUAAAAGGUUUUCCCAGACAAGAAAUUUUAGCUAUUGUAGAUGAUUAGUUCGCCUAUCAUUGUGCGUGAAAUUUCGAACGUCGAAUACGUUUCAGAAUGUUGUCGAUAUAAGCCACAAAAUGCACAAGAUCAAUUGAGCGAGAGUCGUUGCGACAUCAUGGUCGCUCACUUCUGGAGGUGACCACGUACUUUGAUUAUUGUUAGUAAAGUUACCACACAUAGAAGCAAAGAGGAGUUUCCUGAUGGUUAAAAGCUUUGUCGUUUGGCUUGUGUUUGACCAUGCGCAUUUUCACCAUCGGGAUUCCUGAAAUCGGGAGCUUCUAAAUCUAUCCGUUAUAAAUUGAGGAUUACUCGUUCAAGGUAAAAUAACGUGUUGAGCCGUGUUCCUGAAUGAACAGGUGCGCAAAGAAAUAUGCCGAGUCGAUGGAAAUCCCAUUUUAAAUGGAUAAUGCGAAUACAUAUCGUCAUGCUAAAUAGUAUGAGUAGUAACGACUUGUUUUCGGAUCUAGUGAACCAGGUUACCGUUAUCCUACAAACCAAAACUCAGCCAGCAAAUAAACUUAUCAGGAACCGUAGUUUGCUGUUUCAUGCAUCGACGUUUCGAGCGAAAGAUUCGUUAAAUUGCAGCCAUCAAAUAUUAAGCGUUUUGUCAGUCCUUGUAUGGCGUCCUUUCAGCAGGCAAGCUGUUGGAUGCGAAGAACCCAUUUAAUUCUUGCUUCACUUCUGUUAACCUCACUUCAAUUUUUUAUCUCAAGUAACCAAGACACACCAACCUCAAUCGACUACCAUCAUCAAUAAU